AAUCGCCAGUAGCCAAACAGAAAGCCAACAACUGACUUCUCUCUUCUCUGCAAUUCUAUCAAAGCAUUUAUUUCUUUUUCUUUUCUUUUUUUUCCGGCUCUCUUUUGAAACUACUUUUCAUUCUCUAUCUAUCUACGUCUUUGAGGGUUUCUUCUUCACUGAUCUGACCAAACACAAAGCAAUAGUAUAAAAAACCAUCAUCAUCAUCUGUGAGAAUAUUCUCUGCUUUUUCUUUUUCUUUUUCUUUUUCAUCUAUUUAAUGUUUUUAAAAAACUCUCGUUGUUCCUUCGGGUAAUUUUUGGGUUUUAAUUAGUUGAUUUGGCUUGCUUGCUAUUGGUUAAUUACUGCAGAAUUUGUUGAAUCUUUUCUUGUUUUGAGAUUAUUGAAUGACUAAGCAUGAUUCUGUGAAUUGAAGAUUUCAGACUUGGCGAAUUUGGCAUUUCCGUGAAGCUUUUGUUUACCUGCUCUGAUUAUUCUUUGACUAAUUGUCUAGUAUCUGAAGAAAGUUCUUUUCUUUGAGCUUGGGAUUGGCUUUAAAUUUUUUUGGAUAUUUUAAUUAGAUCGGAGGGUUUUGCAAAGAAAAAGGUGAAGUUGUAAACUUUAAGGGUUUGCAUAGUAAUUAUUUGAUUUAUGAUUGAGGAGGGGAUAUAUGGCUGCUGGUAUGGAUUUUUCACCUCCAUUCACUGUAGUAGAAGGUGGGUAUAGUAAGGACAAUAAUGUGUCAUCUAUGGAAAAUCAGAAUCCGGAAAUUCUGGAUAAUCUUAAACAACCUGCUAAUGGGAAACCUCCUCGCCACCUCUCUGUCAUGCGGCAUAGUAUGAGUUCUAUUAGGAUGCUGGCUGCUGCUGAUCUGACAAUGGAUGUUGGAAUUGUUGUCAGUAAGUCUCCUUCUGAUGAAAAAUCCAAUUUUCUUCCCGUCUUUCGAUCAGGGAGCUGUGCUGAAGGAGGACCUAAACAGUAUAUGGAGGAUGAACAUGUAUGUAUUGAUAAUCUUAUUGAACAUCUAGGCGCAACUGCCAACUUCCCCCCACCUGGAGCUUUCUAUGGGGUUUUUGAUGGGCAUGGAGGUAUAGAUGCAGCAUCAUUUGUUAGAAAUAACAUUCUUAAGUUCAUAAUUGAGGAUUCUCAUUUUCCAAUUUGUGUGGAGAAAGCAAUUAAGAGUGCUUUUUUGAGGGCGGAUUAUGCAUUUGCGGAUGAUAAUGAACUUGAUAUCUCAUCUGGUACCACUGCACUAACUGCCCUUAUUUUUGGAAGGACUUUGGUAAUUGCUAAUGCUGGGGAUUGUCGAGCAGUGCUUGGGAGGCGAGGUAGAGCAAUUGAGAUGUCCAAAGACCACAAACCAAAUUGCACAUCUGAAAGACAUAGAAUUGAGAAACUGGGUGGAGUGAUAUAUGAUGGGUAUCUUAAUGGCCAAUUAUCAGUUGCACGUGCCCUAGGUGACUGGCACAUGAAGGGUUCCAAGGGUUCUGCAUGCCCUUUAAGUGCAGAGCCAGAAUUGCAGGAGACAGAUCUAACAGAGGAUGAUGAGUUCUUGAUCCUCGGCUGUGAUGGCCUGUGGGAUGUCAUGAGCAGCCAGUGUGCAGUAACAAUUGCAAGAAAAGAACUGAUGCUCCAUAAUGAUCCAGAAAGAUGCUCAAGAGAGUUGGUUAGGGAGGCACUCAAACGAAACACAUGCGACAAUGUAACAGUGGUAGUGAUUUGUUUCUCCCCAGAUCCACCCCCUCGGAUAGAGAUUCCACAAUCCCGAGUUCGAAGAAGCAUAUCGGCAGAAGGUCUAAAUUUACUCAAGGGUGUGCUGGACUGUAACUCAUGAAGCAAGGGGUUCAGGGGAAUGUGUACAAAAUGCAUUCAAGAUUUGUUGCCCCUCGGUUUGCUUUUUCUGUCCUCUCAGACACGGCUGACAUUCAGCACUGUUCAGGGAAAUAAAGAUUGCAUAGAAUGUGAUUCUUUUUGAGUUUUAAACCCAUGUAAAUCUGAGAUCAUUUAUGUUGUAACAUUUGGUUGAGUGCAUUGUUCAGCUGCCUAGUUCCGUAGAUGCUUCUUCUCAUUCUUCGUUUCUACUUUGUACAUAAACUUGGAAAAAAGAAAAUUGAGGGGUAUGCUUUUCCAUGCUCAUUUAAUUGGUCGGAUCUCUAUUAUUUGUUAAUCAAUCAUGAUUAGCCAAUUAGGCAAAAAUCUUCAUGGUA